CAUUUCACGAUCUAAGUAAUCGGUAUCAGUCCAUUAUGAUGUCUGUGAUAAGAACGUUGUAAACUCAUUCUUUUUGUACAAUGAUUGAUAUCACAUUUUGGUUUCAAUGAUUAUUAUUACAUUUAUUACAAACAUUUCGUAGUUAUUGUGGUGAAAAAUAGAUACAAGAAAUCAUAAAAUAAAAUGCAUUCGGAAUUUUAUUUCCUGUAAAUUUAGAAUUGAAAUUACUUGAUAUAUCAUAAAUAAAGACACAAAUUUUAGUUAUGGCAACACUAAGAGAGCAUAUAUUAAAACUAAAAGGUGUUUCAAAAAAAAACCUUAGACCGAGAUUGUCUAUAACAGAUCCAUACGAAAAGUUUUGGCCUCUUUUAGAUGAUGAAAAAACAAAAAUUUUAAUAACUAUGAUGGAGAAAACAAUUUUAAAAGAAAAUGGCAAACUUAAAGUCAACUGGUUAGAAUUAAAAAAAUUACCAUUAGAUGUUCGUAAAUGUUUAAUGAAAGAUUUAUCAAGGAAUCAUAAAAUCAUAAAUCCAAAAUUAAAAUAUCAAAGAUCAGUUUUCAAGAUGGGUAUAAAUGCAGUGAGUCGAUUAAUUGAAAAAGAAGAGUUAGUUUGUUGCAUUGUUGCUGAAGAUGUUGGAAAUAAUAUGUUAGCUAAUCAUUUAAUAAUAAUGGCUGCUAUAAAAAAGAUACCUGUUGUUGUUCUACCAAAUAUGCGGCUAGUUACAAAACAUUUAAUUGGGUUCUCUUCAGCAGCAUUAGGAAUUAAGGUUGACAUAUUAAAUGUUAAGGACCACCCUCUUUAUCAACUUUACCUGAUCAUUGAUGAGCUUGCUAAAAAUUAUAAAACGCCUUACCCAAACAAACUAAUUAAUAGAGAAAGUAAAACCAUAUUGAAAAAAAAAGUAAUCAGUGUUGAUGUUAAGAAUUUUUUAUUGAAAAAACCAAGAGAAGGCCGAGCUUUUGUACCAGAUAACUUAUUAUCUGUUGAAAAAUCUAAUGAUCUAUUAUUCAUACCCAUACAAAAUUCAUUAAGAUUAGAAAAUCAAAUGGAGUCAGACUAUAAUGAAAAGUUAAUUGACAUACCUCCCAAAGAUUUAUUUAGUGUUGAUACAACACCUACUAUAAUUGAAGAAGAUGUAGGAGAAGAAGUUAAACACACUAUAAAUACCAAUAGAAAACCUAUGAGAUAUUUUGGCCUUAAAAUUAAAAAGAUGAAACCAGACACAAAUAGGAAAAAUAAAAUAAAAACUAAAUAAAACUAUUUGUUAGUUUUUCUAUAUAUUUACAAUUUUCAAUAUGAAAAUUAUAUUAAAUUGUACAUGGGUACAUUUUAUUUAUGUAAGUAUUAUAACUGUCAAAAUUUUAUUAAAAUACUAAAUAAUUAAAAACAAAUGUAAUAAUUACAAUAUAUUAUCAUAGUAGGAUAAAUUAAUUAUCCUAUUUUUGUGGAAUGAGAAUGUUUACACAAUUAACUUUUUUUGUAAAAUACUCACCAAUACUUGAAAUAUCACAGUAUAUUUUAAAAUAAUUUCUUAAACUAUUAAAAAUUAAUUUUAAAUAAUUGUAAAAAAAAUUUUUACUAGGUAUAAGAGUCAUUAAAAUUGCUAUACUAUUAUAAAUAUUUUAACUAAAAAAAUUUGUUAAAUUUAAAUAUCUCUAUUUUUAAUACUAAAAGAGUUUGUCUGAAGAAAGACAGAUUUUAUUAUUUUUAAAAUAACUGUUAAAGAAAUAUGAUUAGUUUCUUGAAAUAAAAUAAAAUCUAAUGAUUUAAUAAUAUUUUCUAUAAAAGUUUUUAAAAAACAGAUCCAAAUUCUGUUUUAGUCAAAUAAAGCCUUUCUGUUUGUACAGUAUACAUAAAUUAUUAAAUUAUUUAUGACUUAAGUGCUGGUUAAAAAAAACAUAAUUUUAUAAUAUUAUCAUCUUUUUUUUUGGUAAAAAUACAUUACUUUUUUUACUGUCUGUAUAUUUGUGAGAUAUCAUUAUUUAUAAUAUUGUUCACUUCCAUAACUGAUUCCAUAAUAUUUGAAUGGUGUUCAAUAUUAAAUUAUUUAAAUGAUUACAUUGACAUUCAGUCAUCUAUUUUGGGUAGGCAAUAUUUUCUUUAAGCCUAUCAUGUUUUUGUUAAUACCCAAUGAUUUUACAUUGGUAGUUAGCUUUUAAUUAAUGAUUACUAGGUUUUUUGAAACAUAAAGACCAUAUACAGGGCUAAAAUUAGUAUAAUAAAAUAGAUAAAUCAACCAUUACUAAAAAAAAAAAAGGAUUUAAAAUAAA